UCCAACGUGACUCCACCUUCCUCUUUGUAGUCCGUUAUAAAGCAUUGAACAAUUUUCCGGCGAGCCUUUUCUUGGUGUAUGAAAUCAUUCUUGUCGCUCGCUCAGAAUGCCAACCGUAGGGUUAGAGAUACUAGGAGUCACCCUAGCCAUAUUUGGUUGGAUUGUGGCAACCGUGGCCUGCGCUUUACCCAUGUGGAAGGUCACCGCUUUCAUUGGGGUGAAUAUUGUGACGGCGCAGACCAUAUGGGAAGGAAUCUGGAUGAACUGUGUGGUGCAGAGCACCGGACAGAUGCAGUGUAAAGUUCAUGACUCCAUGCUGGCCCUCAGCUCGGACUUGCAGGCGGCUCGGGCUCUGUGUGUGAUCUCUAUCGUGAUGGGAGUCCUUGGAGUUCUGCUCUCCGUCGCGGGCGCCAAGUGCACUAGGUGUGUGGACAAGGAGCGCGUCAAAGCUAGAGUUAUGGUCACUGCUGGUGUCACCUUCAUUUGUGCUGCCGUCUUGAUUUUGAUCCCUGUGUGUUGGUCAGCUCACAGUAUCAUCAGGGACUUUUACAACCCCAUCAUCAUCGAGCCACAGAAAAGGGAGAUAGGUGCAUCGCUGUACCUGGGAUGGGCAUCCACUGCCCUUCUGCUUAUUGGAGGGGGCAUUCUGUGUUGCAGCUGCCCCCCGCAAGAGGACAACAGGUACGGUCCACCCAGCAGAAUGGUUUACUCUGCUACACGAUCUGCAGCACCCAGUGGUUUUGACAAAAGAGACUAUGUGUGAACAUGUUGACUUUGAUUUUAGUCACGCGUGUCUUUAACUGAGGCCGGAGCGUGAUGACGCAGGGAAACGUGUUCCUGUACGUUUCAGCUGUGUUGCCGUUCCAAUGUUUUUGUAUUUUAUUGUCACAUGGACUCUUUUGUUUGAUGAGGUUUCUAAGUUUUGUUACAAACAGUUUUGAAUUCCCAUAGUGUAAUUAUUUUUUAUUAUUUUUAUUAAAAGCAAUCUUAUUAUUAAGCAUAUUC